AAAGAGUUGCUGGCUAGCAGAAAGGAGGAAUGCGAUUGAAGCAUAGCUGCAAAACCUGACGCGGUGAUAGAACAGAGAGGAAAAGCAUGUCCAACGCAGUGGCGAAUGGCCUAGCCGGAGCUGGUGGCGGUAUUAUCGCACAGAUUGUCACUUAUCCUCUCCAAACGGUAAACACGCGCCAACAGGUGAAGAGAGUUGCCAAGAAAGGUCAGGCCUCCUCCGCCCAACCUUCUGAUCAUCGUCCAGGGAGCACGCUUGUUCAAAUCUUCCAGGUGUUGAAAAACGAAGGAUGGGGAGGGCUUUACAGCGGCCUGAGGCCUUCUCUGCUGGGAACUGCUGCUUCAAUGGGCAUUUAUUACUAUUUUUAUCAGGUGUUCAAAAACAAGGCUGAGGCAAUUGCAAUUGCCCGUAGAAAUGAAGGACGUGGGAAUGGUACCGUGGGCAUGCUAUCUUGGCUUGUUGUUGCAGCUAUUGCUGGGUCCUUGAAUGUAUUGCUGACAAACCCAAUAUGGAUUCUUGUGACACGAAUGCAGACCCAUACUCAAGCAGAAAGGAAAAUUAUGGAGGCAAAAAGAGAGGCUUUACUAAAGGAAGCUUCUGAAGGCAAUUUCAUGGGUUCAACCCUGCAAGACAAAUUGGCAGAACUCAGUUCUAUCAAACACCGCCCAUAUGGAACAUUGCACGCAGCUUGUGAAAUUUACAAUGAAGCAGGAAUCACUGGAUUCUGGAAAGGCAUCAUCCCCACAUUAAUCAUGGUUUGCAAUCCAUCAAUCCAAUUCAUGAUUUAUGAGACUUCAUUAAAGCGUCUGAGAGCCAAGCGCGCCACUAAUAAACAGGGAAGAAGUAAUGUAACUGCUUUGGAGGUUUUCCUACUGGGGGCCUUGGCAAAACUGGGAGCAACUAUCUCAACAUAUCCUUUGUUGGUGGUUAAGUCAAGGCUUCAAGCAAAGCAGGAGAUUGGUGGAAACGUCUUACUAAGAUAUUCAGGUACUCUUGAUGCGAUUAUGAAGAUGGCCCGAUAUGAGGGAUUGUCUAGCUUUUACAAGGGUAUGAGCACGAAGAUAGUACAGAGUGUUCUUGCAGCCUCUAUACUUUUCAUGGUUAAGGAAGAGUUUGUUAAGGCUUAUGUGGCAUUUGCAGAUAAGUACCAGAAAAUUCUACCGAAUUUAGUGAAAUGAUUUUUCUCCCUUGUACAAAUGAUAAAUGUAGUGACCUGUCUUCUAGAUUCUUUUUUGUUUGUAGAAAUGAUGUUACUGUACCUCUAUUAUAUAUGAUCCCAGGAUACCGAACCUGACAGAGCAACAUAAAGAAGAAAAUGAAAAAAAAUUUAAAUUGAUAUCUUGAAUAUUACAUGAAUGUUAAAAUGUUCUUGGAAAGACAUGAUGCUUUAAGUACAAUAUAUUAGAGCAUGAUGUUCCACCUUAAUGCUGAGUUGUUACACAUUGUCGAUAAAAUCUUGACAUCUGUCUUCCAUAUUAAAUCCAACGUGUUCAGAUAUGAGAUGGAUACAAUGAUGUUUCUGCUGGUUCUGAUUUCUCUCUCUGCUUAUUCAGAGUGUAAAAGGGCAGAGUGGAAAUACCGAAUUUCAUAUGGAACUCUUUGAAUUGCAUUACUUAUUUAUUUUUAUUUAUUUAUCUUCUUUUUUUUCAUAUUUUAUAGGUCAGAGUGCUACUUUAAAGUUUCACUGGCUCUAAAUGAGGUCUUUGUAGUAAGGGGUAUUCUGAUAAAUUGUGCAAAUCGCUGGAUAUGAACUGGCAUGGGUUUGUUGUUGGUUGAAUAACGUUAUUGGAUCUUGGUAGGAAUCUAAUAGGUUUGGAGUAUUAAAGUAUCUUAAUUUCCUAAUUUUGGAGUUGUUCUCUUGAUAUGAUGGGGAGAACCAGCAUACUUUAUGGAUAUUUAUGUAAUAGAUUUGAAUCAUAGGAUCACAGAAAACUUUUGUGGUUUUGUGCAGCCUCACCUUCAGGUAUAACUUUUAAGGGAAGUUCUUGCUGGGCUUCCUUGUGUGUAUGUGUUCUCUUUCUCACUACUUUUUAUUUCUCAGUUGGUGUUGCAGGCCAGCGAUGUUUCCUUUUCAACCUCAAAACUGUCUCAAUCAUACCCAAGUUAAUUGUGACCUUUGGCUACUUAUUUAUUUAACCAUUGAUACUCUAAAAUUGACCGAGCAAAAAAAAAAAAAAAAGAAAAGAAAAGAAAAGAAAAGAAA